GGCUCCUCCACGCUCCUGCGGCCAGUGACAGAAACUUUAUCUCUUGGAGGUGAACUAGAGGUAGAAAGAAAUGGAAAAAAUAAUAACAGGAGAGAAAUUUGGGAGAUAGUAUGAUAGCGAUGACAUGAUUUUACCACAAGAACAGGAAGCGUUUACUGAAUAGCUGUGGGAAAAAAAACAAAACAAAGCAAAACUUAAUUCCGACUUUAUGUUUUCGUAAUAUUCCUUAACCGAAAAAGAAAAUAUAUAAUGUUCGUAUCACUUAACUGACACGUACAUUUCCGAUGCUUUUGUAUAAAUUAAGUUUAUUCAGGAUCUACAAGUGAAAGAAGAAAGAAAGAUAGAAAAGAACAAAUUAAUUAAUUCGCAGAUAUUUCUCGCACGUGGAAACGCCAAAAUCACACAUCGUCGAUCCCAAGAACCAUAUAUAAAUGCCUGCUGACUGUGCCUCCUGCGGAUUCAGAUAUCAUCUUGAAGGGAGGGAAGUGCGAUAGUCUUAUUUGGUAUCAAGAAGAUGAGGAAGGUGGAAUAAUUCACAUUACGUAUCUCCAAGAACAUUAGGAAGUCAACAAUGCUAAGAGUCAUACAAAGAACCUCACAAUGAACCUCUCUUGGGACAGAAAAUGCUCGACAGUGACGAUCGACAACAGAUGUUCCUCUCGUUUCGACACCGGGCUGGCUACUGGCUUCGCGUUGCACGGGCUGUGAAUCAGUGCAAACAAGGCUUCCCUGUCCUGUGAAGCCCCACCCCCAUGGACGCCUCCGCCUACAGCGAGCUUGGACACAAGGGCAUCAGAUGGCGAGUUAUCUUGACCCCUUCAUGAACUCCUCCGAUUCUCUCCGCGAUUCCUUCUCCGGACUCGAGAUCCCCUUCGACGAUGCCCUCGACCAGAAUUAUACCUCUUCCUCCUCCUCCUCCUCUUCCUUCUCUUCCUCCUAUUCCCCCUCGUCUGCCUUCCCUUCCUCCUCGUCUUCGUCCUCUUCCUCCCCUCAUUUCACGGCAAACUUGUCCCGCGUGGCUGAGGAGGAAGAGAGCCUCGGAAACCAGUCUCUGCCGAUCGACAUGAGGUUCAACGACGGCCACAUCCUCCUCAUCUCCUGCUACUCCGGGAUCUUCAUUGUCAGUCUCGUGGGGAACCUGUGCGUCCUCAAAGCCAUCCUGGGAGGAGGAAGGAAGCAGAGGAAAUCGCGGGUCAACCUCAUGCUCCUCCACCUGGCUAUUGCCGAUCUCAUUGUAACGACCAUCAUGAUUCCUGUAGAAGUGGGGUGGUCGGCUACAGUUCAGUGGAUGGCUGGGGACACUUUCUGCAGAGUUUUUGCCUUCUUCAGGAUAUUUGGACACUAUCUCUCCUCCUUCAUCCUCGUGUGUAUAUCCAUUGACAGGUAUUUCGCCGUCGUUUAUCCACUGAGUCUGAACGCGGCGGACCGACGUGGGAAAAUCAUGCUCACAUUUGCAUGGUUUCUUGCCUUCACUUGCUCCCUGCCUCAGGUGGUAAUCUUUCACGUGGAAAAGCACCCGGAUUUCACCUUCUACGUGCAGUGCGUUACCUUCAACUUCUAUCCAUCAAGUCAUCACGAAAUGGUGUACCACAUUUUCUGUCUGGUGAUGCUGUACGUAGCACCGCUAUCCAUCAUCAUCAUCUCUUAUGGUGCCAUUGUCAUCACCAUUUUCCAGAAGAGCAGGCUGUCAGAUGAUACGGCCAUCCGUCGCUCCAGCCUCGGGUACUUGGGGAGAGCUCGAGCACGCACUAUCAAAAUGACGAUCAGUAUUGUGCUGGCUUUCUUCGUUUGCUGGACACCAUACGUUGUCAUCAGUCUGUGGUUCUGCUUUGACAGGUCUGCCGCGGAGCUGUUAGACGUAAAGGUUCAAAAGGGCUUGUUUUUCUUCGCGUGCACCAACUCUUGUGUCAACCCUAUUGUCUACGGCAUUUUCAACUUCUGCAAGAAAAAACAGCCAAUACAGACGCAGACGUGGCGCUCGACGACCCUCAACACGCAGAUCAACUCCCGGGGGUUCGAAUGCCGAAGCUUCAAGUCGAGUCGAGUGUACUGGGGGCGACGAGAACCGGAGUCGACAGCUACGAACUCUGAGGCGACGGAUCACACGGCCGAGCUCUUGCUGCCGAGGACGCUCAACUCGUCCUUCCGGGCCAGGUCUCACUCCGGCUCGGAAUCCGCCACGUCAAUCCACCUUCAAACACUCGGCUCCACAUCCAGUAUGUCUCGCAGGCAGAUCGCUGAACGUAACAACAGCGGGAGUUCGCCAUUAACAACACAGUACAGAAACGGCUCCUAUUAUUCUGCUCCAAGCAAGUCGAGAUGUAACGAAGAAAACGGGAAUCCUGUCUAAGGAGGAUUUUCUCGUUUUCUGCAAUGAGUAAAGUUUCCCGUUCUCUUUUAUUGUUUUAGUUCUUUUUUUUUUAAAUGAAGGAGAAACUGCUGUAAAGUAUUUGCUGGGGAAGAGGUUAAUGAGUGAAGGAUAUUUAAGAAGAUAGUGUAGAUAUUGUGAAAGGUUAUGGAUCUCAUUGGAAAAUUAUGUAUAUCCAAAAGUGAAUACAAAUGGAAAUAAACAUGAACGAAGAAUGUGUGGAAAAAUACAGUGAAUUUAAAGCACCGAUAUGAACACGUUAUGUGUGUUAGUGAAUAAUUUGAUUAAAGAUAAAGAAACUAUAAAGAUAAAGAAAAUAUUAAGAAUAAUGUGUAAAUAGUGAGGAUGAAAAGAGAUAAAACACUUAGUGCAAUAGAUAACCCCUAAAGGGACAAUGGAAAAGACAACACUAUUUUAUGAUAUAAAAUAAAGAAACAAAGUAAAAUUUAAAACAAAUAAAAAAAAACGUUCAUCUAAACCGCAAUACGUGACUCAGUGAGUGAACCAAACAAUAUAUAUAUUUAAAACUGUUCAAAGUGAUUUAUGAUGUUGACCCAAACAUAUCAAUUUUCAGUAUAGACAUUUCCGCCAAGGGUAUCUACGUGACUCUUAGAAGUGAAAUAACACACAUUUUUUUUUUUUUUUUUUUUUUAAGAAACAUUUUCAGAGUGAUAUGAAAAUCUGUCUCUCUAUAUAUAUAGAUAUUAAUCCACACUCUUCAAAACCAGAUGUCUUCGCACGUAAAAUCUACCGUGAAUGUUUGUCAGCUUUUGUCUUUAAACAUGUUUCAUUGUUGGGCUUUUUUCUCCCCCUCGCCCCCCCCCCCCUCUCUCUCUC